GGAAGCAGGAAGACAUGCAUGUAGCCGGGAGAUGUGUUUAUUGAAGUAUCACUAGUUCACUAGUGCACGAACAUUUAGACAUUUAUUAUUCACAAUGCCAACAUCCGGAUUAGUGUUAAGCUGAAAUAACGGUUGUGAUUGUUUCAUUUUAGGCUUUAACAAUGAAUACGUUAUUUGCGAUUGCUUUGGUGUUUGUUGGUUGCUGCAGUAAUGUUGUGUUUUUGGAACUUUUGGUUAGGGAUUUCCCAGGAUGUGGGAAUAUUGUCACAUUCGCCCAGUUUGCCUUCAUUGCACUGGAAGGGUUCAUCUUUGAGACAAACUUUGGACGCAAAAAGCCACACAUACCCCUCAGUAACUAUGUGAUCAUGGUGACCAUGUUCUUUACGGUCAGCGUGAUCAAUAACUACGCCCUGAACUUUAACAUCGCCAUGCCCCUGCAUAUGAUCUUCAGAUCAGGGUCUUUAAUAGCAAACAUGAUCCUCGGUAUUAUCAUCUUGAAGAAAAGAUAUUCGGCGAGUAAAUAUCUCUCCAUCGUGCUGGUGUCUUUGGGCAUUUUCAUUUGCACUAUUAUGUCAGCCAAACAAGUGAAUGUUGAAAAAGGGGCCACAGAGGAAGAUAGUUUUUAUGCCUUCAUGCAUUGGCUUCUAGGGAUUGCCAUGCUGACGUUCGCCUUGCUGAUGUCUGCAAGAAUGGGCAUUUUCCAGGAAACGCUGUACAAGAAGUAUGGCAAACACUCCAAGGAGGCUCUGUUUUACAAUCACUGUCUGCCUUUACCGGGAUUCCUCCUGCUGUCAACAGACAUCUACAAACACGCCGUGCUCUUCAGCCAGAGCUCUCCAGUGGAAGUCCCUGUGAUUGGUCAUUCGGUGCCAGUCAUGUGGUUAUACCUACUGAUGAAUGUCAUCACCCAAUACGUGUGCAUCCGCGGCGUGUUUAUUCUGACCACGGAGUGCGCGUCGCUCACGGUUACGCUGGUGGUGACGCUCCGCAAAUUCCUGAGUCUCAUUAUUUCCAUCCUGUACUUCCAUAAUCCCUUCACAGCCGGGCACUGGGUCGGCACGGCCGUGGUGUUCCUGGGAACGCUGCUCUACACGGAAGUGUGGUCCAGCAUUCGUGUGGCAAUGAAAGGAGAGAAAGCUGACAAGAAGGCAGAAUAAAUUAUGGAUGCCCAUUUACGCCACAGAAUAAAAAAAUGAAAUGGGUAAUUUAUCUUUAUCUCACAGUUCUGAGUUUAUCUCUCUCAAUCUUGCCUCUUUUGUCAGAACUGUGAGAUUCAAACCCGUAAUUCUGAGAAAAAGUCAGAAAAGUCACCAGUUACCUUUUUAAUUUGUUGAAUUCUGUGCUGGAAGGAAGCUUUAAUUGUAAAGGAACUGUAAUACCUCUUUAGCUUUGUGCGAGUGUGUUUUGUUGACGUGUGUCCCAUCACUAGUCAUUUUUAAGUUAUUCACUGUGAAUGGAUGAGCGCUUGAGGUACAUUCGGGACAAUUUUCUGAGCUGUUUUUGAGCCAGGUGUGUGUGUGUAAGUUUGCCUGUAGGAUUUUACAGUGUGUGACCUGUUUUCAGUAUCUGCGUCUGUUUUUGCAGAAAUAGACACUUAUUUUAUUCCUGGCACCAUAUUUACUUCAUAUCUACUUCUUCGCUCAUUAAAACCAACAUAACGGUAAAUUUUUGCUAGAUUUGUUACCGUAUGCAGAACUUGCAGCUAUUUUUCAUAAGUGUCAAUGUUCACUACAAGUUCGUGGUAUUUAUUGCAUUUUUAAACAUAGCCAGUUUUAGUAAGUCAGUAAAUAUGUUGGCCCACUUACAUGUGUCUAUAAUAAAGUAAGACAGACUAUGAAUGAUAAUGCAUAAGCAGUAUUUCAUAUUUAACAUUUUGUAGUCACCUUCUAUUAACGUUUAAUUCAGGUGAGUUUCGGGGUGAGCUAAAGCAAUACUGUAGAAAACUACUGCCAAUAUUGUAGAAAAUAUCUACACUUAUGUUCAUGGGGCUAGAAUUUGUAAUUUGGCCCGGAUUUGUGUAAGAUGUGUUUUUUUUUUUUUUUUUAUCAGCUAACACAAACUGAAGGAAAUCAUGUCUUUUGUGCAGUUCUUUCGAUCUCAUUUGCAUUUUCUGUGCUCCUGAUGUGUGGACUGUUCAUUCAAACUUCAUAAUUUCUAGGAUUAAACAAUUUCUCUUGACGUUCUAUUAAUUUUAUGGUCUUUAUUGGCAUUAAAAGUACGGUCAGGGUUUUUCUACAGGUUAUUCACACAGUACAAAAAUUAAAUAACCGUACCAUAAUACAAUAAUUAAUGCAGUUACUGUUAGUACUGUAAAAUCAUAAUAAUAAUUUAAUGAGAUUAUGUUCAAAAAAGUGAGUUUUUACAUUUACAUGUUUAGGCAGAACAAUGUUUUAAAAUUUUUACAAUAAUGAAGAAUAAUAAUAACAACAUGUCAUGUAUUAUUAAUAUAGUAUUAGUCACGCCUCCAGAGGUAUAGUAUCAUGAACAGCACAGAAUGUCCACUUGCUUAUAAACUUAAAUAAGCGUAUAUGCUCCCAGAUAUAUUGACAGAGUUGUGGCCUAAUAACAUCUGGCAAAGGGAAAACUAGCCUUUGGGCUAAUUUGGGUACAUUUACAUUCAUGAAUGUUGAUUUAUGUACACU